AUGGCUACCGAUGCCCUCACGGACGAGGAUGAGCAGUAUGAUUCGACCAACGACUCGGACUUUGCGCCUGGUGUCGAGCCCGAUAUAGUUUCCGAUGACGACACGGGCGAUGAAGGGCGCAAAAGAAAGAUAUCAGACAAGGAGACUCCCAAUUCUGGCGACACGGCUGAGGAUGAUGUUGUCUACGAGAACUCGGGCGAUGAAGCCAUCAUCACCAAGGGCAAAAAGAAGCUGAAAAAGGCCAAGGACGCCGAUGACGAAGGCGGUGACGGCGGAUUGAUCAAGACAAGGGCGCAGCGAGCAGCUGAGAAAGAAGAGCGACGAUAUGCCACAAACACUGGUCCGGUGACAGUCGAUGUCGAUGCCAUUUGGAAGCGAAUGCUUUCCGGCCAGCCCAUUGUCGCAGAAACGACCAAGGAAUCCAACGACAGCGCGACAAAAGCAGUCGAACCCAAAAAGAAACUCGAAACGCAACCCGUCGACCCGGCCGACACGAUCAAAAUCAAGCGCACCUACAACUUUGCCGGCAAGGUCCACACCGAAGAGAAGACGGUAGCGCGCGACUCGGCCGAGGCCAAGCUGUACCUCGCCUCCGAGGAAGGCCAGGCUACUUCAGCCACGGCCGACGGCUCGCCGCCGAAGCGCGCGACGCGCAAGGCCUUUCGCUCGGCGUUUGAGCCACUCGUCGUCGGCGUCGGCGACGCGCGCCGCCUCGACCUCAACCUGGGCUUGACGGCACGGGCGCAGGCGGCGCGGGAGCUGCAGGCCAAGAAGCUCACGACGGUCGAAAAGAGCCGCAUGGACUGGGCCGGCUACGUGGACAAGGAGGGCAUCCAGGACGAGCUGGCGCUGGCGGGCCGCUCCAAGGACUCGUACGCGGGGCGGCAGGACUUUUUGGCGCGCAGCCAGGCGAUCCGCGACGAGGACUCGCGGCGAGCGCGCAUGGCCGGGCGGACGUGA